UAUAAUAGUAUAUGUUGAAAGCUAUAGCUAGCUAGGAAGGUUGCACAUACUGCUUGUUUAUCACAAUUCAUGUUGCUACAAUUAAGUAAGCUUGAACCAAGUCCAUUUAUGAGAAACUAAAUGUUUCUACCAUCGACCCUUUUUAUCAUGAUCCUUUCCUUGAAUGUGUGCACUUCUCGUCCUCUUGUAGCUGUUGAAGAUGAAUCAAAUACUCAUUUCAACAUUUCUAGAAAGGUCUCAGACAAUGUGAAGAAACAACCUUUAGAAUUUAAUGGAAUGAAGAAAACUGAAGGCAUUAAGGUUGAGAGCAACAUUGGAGCUGAAGGAGAAGAAAGUUCAAAGCACAUGAAAAAGGCUCAUCUAGAAAGCAAAGAGAAGCAAGAGAUUUUAGGGUUUGUUCCAGACAAAUCGGUUGUUCUUGUUUCUUGGCAUGUACCUCGUAGCAAACAGGACCAAAAUCCUGGAUUCCACUCAGAUUAUGCUAGACCAAGGACUCGCCCUCCCUCCCAUAAUUGAUUUUAUUUUUAUAGUGUAAGAAAGUUGAAAGAGAAUAAGGAAUACUCAAACUCAUACAUAUUGAUAUACUCCUCACAAGAUUGUUGAAACUCAAACUCAUACAUAUGAGAGCUCCUAAGGUAGGAAAACCAACAUAUCCCUCAUUUUAACUCUAAGCCAAUUAAUUCCAAGAUCUAAUUAGAAUCAAUUCUAUGAUAUAUUCUAGGUUCGGAUUGUCACCUUU